UUAAGAAAUAACUAUCAAUUUUGCAGUUCCUUUUCCGUGUGCCGUGGUUUGCUUCGUUUCGAAGCGUAAAUCCCAAUACAGAAUGUCGGACGACGACGUGAUCCUGAUUGAAGACUCACCGCAACGCAAAUCGAUCAGCUGCGAACAGAUACCGGAACUAUGGGUCCUGGACAAGCUGAUCGCCAAGAAACACUUCAGCCAGUUCGGCAAAAUAACCGGCUUCAUCCUGCGGCCGAAGCGUUUUUCCUGCACCGUCGAGUACGACAGCCAGGAAGCGGCGGAAGCUGCCCUCGCACGGGGUGGCCAGUUUCGUGACGUUAAAUUUAGUGUGUUCUGGACGGAUGAAGCACCUGCGGCGCAGAACGCCGCCGCCGCCUCCGCCAGAGAUGAGGGGUUUGUCGAUCCGGAAGUUCAGCAAGAGCUGGACUCGAUGGUCGGAGGACCGACGGCGAUGCGUGCGAAGCACGCCACUAAGCUGUCAAUUGAAUCGUUUCUGAAAAAGACGGAACGGUUUCCGACACCUCCGGUGGUGGCACCACCGAAACCGUUUCGCAUUCUUCCCUCGCGUAUGGAUGGAGCGGUAGAUUCGAAGGUUGCGCAAGCUCGAGCUGAAUUUGAGCUGCUAGCAAAACAGUCGUCUUCGACGGCGGAGGAACGGUAUCGGGUGCUGGAAGCACGUGACAAGUAUAUUCGAUUGACGAGUGAUCGGACGACGGAUAUUCGGAAAGCCAGCAGUACGCAGGGCACCUGCGGGGAUAUGUGUCCGGAAAAGGAACGCUACAUGAGGGAGUGUAAGUUUCAGGUUGCUUCCUAUGAAGCGGGUGAUAGUUCGCAGCAGAUAGACCACCAGAAAGCGAUCAAGCAGUACUCGAGAAGUUCGGCCGAUCAGGAGGCGCCGAUGCCGCACGAGCUGCGCUCGGAGAGCGGUCUGGAACGGACGAUGAACUAUCUGCUGCAUCGGAUUGUGGACGAUUGUGAUGACGAGGAGGUCAAUCUGGCUGAUUGGUUUCACUUCGUGUGGGACCGGACGCGCAGUCUGCGGAAGGAUAUCACACAGCAGGAGCUGUGUUCCGCGAAAGCGGUACGGUUGGUCGAACAGUGCGCCCGGUUUCACAUCCACUGCGCCGCUCGGUUGGUAGCGGAAGAACCGUCGGUGUUCGAUCAGAAAAUUAACACGGAAAAUAUGACCAAAUGCUUACAGUCGCUGAAAUAUAUGUACCACGAUUUGGGCCUGAAGGGCAUUCGGUGCCCUAAUGAGGCCGAAUUUCGAGCCUAUGUGGUGCUGUUGAACUUGAAUGAUGGGAAUUUUCUGUGGGAAAUCAAGCAGCUGCCGGCGGAUAUUCUUCAUUCCAACGAGAUUCGGUUUGCUUUGAAGGUUUAUUUCGCUUUGGAAAACAAUAAUUAUGUUAAGUUUUUCCGGUUGGUCCGGCAGACUACUUACAUGAAUGCGUGCAUCCUGUUGCGCUAUUUUAAUCAGAUUCGGACACGAGCAUUGGAAACGAUGUUGAAAGCUUACACUUACCGUGCGCCGGCCAGUUUUGCACUGGAUCACAUCACGGACUUGCUGGCGUUUGAAGAUACCGAGGCUGCCGUUUGCUUCCUGGAAUCUUACGGCUUACCUGUGGACCAGGGCGCAGGAGUGGGAACCGUUUUGAUGGAUCCCAAGCAGUACGAACGUCCGGAACUGCUGUAUCAGCUGGAUCGGGCUUACAAUUUGGUUGAAAGCAAACGAGAUUGCACUGUUGGAGAAGCCAUUUCCGGACAGCCACUGGACGACGAUUUCGAACUAGAAAGCUAUCAAUUGGAGGAAAGUUUCGAUGCGUCCGGUUUUCUCCGGGAUGAAGUGCUGCGAAAUAUUCUCAAACCAGCGAAACCAUUAGCAACCAGCGGCGAAGCAGCUUCUGCUCAGAACGAUGACGACAAAGUGUUCAAGGUACCGUCGCCUACUUCGAUUUCUCCGAAGUCAAUGUUUUCGAGGCCACUAGCGCCGCCCAGCGGCACAUUUUUUCAGCCCUCUCGCUUUACGUCACGAAUCGAAACCAACGCACCAGCUCCGCUGGCACCGUCGGUGUUUUCCAAGAACAGCCCGACACCGGCAAUAGCGGGAAUUACACCACUAGCGAAAGCGUCCGAACCUUUGCAGCCUUUGCCCUUCGGGCAAAACCUGUUCGGCACUGUCAGUUUUGCACAGCAAGCAAUUGAUAGCUCGAGAUUCGGCUCCGCCGGUUCGAUCUUUGGUGGUCCUACCGGUAAGCCAUUGAAAUCCAAUCAACAGCUCCAACAAGACGAGCAAGCACAGCGGAAACGUGAUGCCGAAGAGGCCGAGAGGGCCCGGCGGAAGCAGCGCGAAGAGGAAAUGAUGCACCUCCAGAGGCAAGCCGAAGAGCUGCGCCAGAAACGGGAAGCGGAAGAGGAACGUCUCCGACAGGAGCUGAUUGCCCGCAAGGAGGAAGAGAUUCGACAACUGAGACAACUGGAGGAGGAAGGUCGUAGGCAGCUGGAAAUUACGGUCAACAAAGUGUCGGAGAAGAUUUUCGCCGAAUUGGUGGCGGAAGUGUGUGACGAAGAUGCUAAGCAAAUAGCAACGGAUUGCUUCAACCGGUAUCAGCUGCUGGAACGAUUGCCACAGCAGUUGUUGGAAGAAUUGCAGGAGGAAUUUCUGGUGGAGUUUUUAAACAGUACCCUGCGGGAAGAGGCCAUUAUACGCAAUUGCCAGGAAAAUCGACAGCUUAAUAUGACUAGGAAGUAUUUCCAUUUAUGGCAACGGAACGUUCACAAGCUGCUUGACAAUAGGCAACAGAUAGAAAACAGUCCUGCUUGGCUUCCGGAGCGAAAUUUACCCGAACAAGCUAGAGAAUGCUUCCAGGAACAUCAGGUGCUUAGUCUGGCCAACAUGAAACGUUAUCUGGGAGGAAUCCCGAAGCAGUUUAGCAUUUCAGAACCGAAAGAGAAUAAAGUGGACCUAUUCUCGAUUGUUCGAAACGGUUUAAAGCGCAACAGCGUCAGACAAGAACGACGAAAAGGUCUAGUUCGCAACCACACCUAUUGGAAGAUCGCAAUUUCCGUUCCCUUCAAACAGGAGGAAGACUCCUCCGGCUUUUACUACUUCAUCAAUAAAUGGUUAAAAACUGUGUUUCAACAAACAGCAGAAUCCGCUGGAAAGUACUUUUUCCUUGACGUACAGGAAUCAACGACCGCUCGUGAGCGGUUGGCAGUGUGCGUUCGGCUGCUCAAAGGCGCAUCCUCACUGGACGAACUCAACACUCCGGAUGCCACCGCAAUCGACAAUUCGAAUGGCUUAUUAUUUUUCCUAACCUCUAAUAACAUUGCAAAGUCAAAAACCAGACUGCAUAACACGCUUCGCAAUGCUACCGUCUGGGGACCGGUUCCUCUCACCAUAAUUGCCUACAACUUUCAACCUAACCUCACCGAACCCCUAGAGACCGCCCUCGAUUUAGAAACCCUGCUAGAAGAAGGCAAAAUAGACGACUACGAAAUCCACCACCACAGAGAAACGGAAAAAAUGCCCCUCCGGGGGGCACUCCAGAAAUCACUAGCAUUUUUAGCCUCCGGCUACGGUUCGGACUGCCCGCUGGAAAUGCAAUCCCAGACGGCCUUCAUCGGAACGUGCCUCGGCGACGAGCAGUGGCACCGGUUUCGGCUUUCAGCCGAUCAAAACCCCAAACUGCAGGAAGCCUGUCAGGACUUGAACUUCGUUAUAGGUCUCUUCAAUCAGGCGAUCGAUCGCACCACCAACCUCGUGCGGCACGAUUUCACCGCCUACUCGGAUUUUCCCGCCGAAUUCAAACCGCUCGUGUCGAAGCGACGCUUCGACAUCCCGCUGGAUUUGGAAUACUUCCCAAAGGAUUGGCGCGAUCCUGCCCGGCAGCGAAAGCUGCAGGACUUUUUCACCCAGCUUAAACUUUCCCCCGCCGAAUUCGAUCCGACGUCCUGCAACACGGUUCAAGAGCUUCAACCUUACCUGCUAGCUUAUAUUCGCAACCAUCUGCCGCAGGCAGAUGAUAAAUCAGCUCGCCGCCUACUGGCUUCGCUCCUACAGGAGCUGCUAAAAACAUUCCCUUCAGUCGUAGACCUAUCACAGACCAUCCACGCAUACAAUUGGCUUCCCAUCGUCUCCAUCCUGGCCGGUGAAUUACUACGACUGCAUUGGAGCAACAGCAUAAUGCAGCUACCCUGCGAAGUAAUCUACCACCGGGGUGAGUUCGAAAGCUACACCGGCACCCUCUGGUGGUUAACCGAACUGAGAAAACUUCCAACGAAACGAAAAUCCCUCCCGGAAGCCACCAACGGACAACAGGAAGCAGCACCACAAAGCGACGAGGAGGACUGUCUGGAUGCUGCUGCCGCGCUGGCUACCUCCACCUCCACUGAACCACUGCCGGCGAAAAAGAUGAAGCUGAACAUCAGCCUAGCGAAGGACGAUUUGGAGGAGAUUCUGUCGCGAGGUCAACGGUGCCUCCAGCGGGUCGAGGAACAGCUGACCGAAGUGCGAAAGCGCGCGGUGGAGAGCCGGGAACUGGCCAGCAUACUCGACGGUCGGCUGUACGAUCAGGAGCGCUCGUUUCGCGCCAACAAGUGGACCUGGGAAUCUAAUUUUCGGUAGAAAUUUUCUUGAGUAUUGUUAUGUGGUUGUGAAAAGUUAAAUGCUGUAUUGUCAGAUUUUAUAGUAAAAUGAAUCAGG